UUUGGUAUAUAAGCAGUUGGUCGCUUGGAGCGUCUAAAUCAAUUCAAAUUUUCCAACGUACAAGAGCGGCUCCCGCGGAUAAACAUCACAGACGAAGAAUUUUUAAUGGUAAUUGUUGUAUAAUAAUAAAUAAAUAUUGUUGAAGGCCAUCAUUGUGACGUACCUGAAAUAGCGGAGUAAUUGGGCUGUGAAAAAGGUUGAAAAUCUGAUAAAUUGGACGAAAUGAACGACUCAGGUGAGACUCUCUGGCGUUCGAUGGAGUCGAGUUUCAACGAAAUGGAGACAUCCUCAGUGGAGGUAUCUUUCAAGAGUUUAACUGGAAAUUGUGAUGACCUCUCAGAAACCACACAGUCAGUUGUUACUCCUAGAAAAAAUGCUAUGAGCGUAGAAGUGGGACUGAUUGAUGCACUUCGCAAUUUGCAGUUGGCAUCUGUAAAGAAAGUACGACAAUCGAGAAAUAAUUUGAACUCCACGAUUCCAAAGGACGAGCAGCAAACAUUCCAAUCUAAAACAGAACACCUAGAUCUUCCAAUUGACAAAUGUGUUCCUGAAAAAGUCGAUCAACCGAGUGUGCAAUCCACAGUUGAGAAUAAUGCCGAAGAUAGGGAGAACAGAAAGGCAUUGACUGAAAUCAUGGAUGAACUUGUCGAAGAAUGUUUGCAAGUUGAACAGCUGAAUGUAAAGUCUUCAAUUGUAUCAGAGCAUAAACAAGUCGACGAUUUGAUCUCUGAAGCAGUCGAGGAUUCACAAAAGGUGAUGAACGGGGAUCAAUUUUCAAUUCGAAUGGAAUCCCAAGGGCCAGUUAUCAACGAUAAAGUUAAACUGAAGGACCCAAAGAUUGCUAAGGCCCCCCCAGUGGACCCAAAAAUCGUGAACAAUAUGAAGAACGCAGUGAAGCCUCUAUUGAAAUCUCUCCGAGAGGUGAGAAAAACAACGAUCGGUGUAUCUCCCAUGUUACAAACUAAAUUGAGAUGUAGAGCGACAAAUAAUUUACCAAGGACUCAAUUAUCGACGGUUAGUCAAUCGAAGAAAAAAGCGGGUGAGUUGAGAGCACCGAGAUCAUCAUCUUUGACGAAGAAGCAACCGUUGAGGAAUGUUGUGGCAACUGUUGUUUCGACGAAGGAAGGCAUUCAAGUCAAAGAAGAGAAGAUCAGUAAUUUUGGAAUUCCUGUAAACAUCAUGACCAAGAAAAAACGGACUCAAGCGGUUCCUUUCAGCUUUGCUUCUCGAGAGAGAGAUUCUCGCCAAGAGCUGAAACUACCGAAGAAAUUGCCAAUGAGGGACUCUGAUUCAAUUAAUCAGCAGAGACAAUUCUCGAUUAUUAAGUCUACAACAGAGAAAAAGAUGCCAUCAGUAAAGUCCCAACCAAUGUCUAAAUCGUUGUGGGAAGAGUCCGCGAACAAGGAGAACAGAUCGAUGAAUUUGAAUAAAUCGAAGACAGUAAUCGGACGUCCUAAAUUAUCUACUGGGGAACGUGAGAAAAAAAUUGAAGACAAGCGAAAUUUAAUUGUACUUGAGCAACAAAAGAAGGAGAGGGUCACUGCCCCCAAGUCAAAGAAAAUACCGGAGUUAAAAACUACUGCAACGUCAGUCUUCAAAAUUCCAGCUCCAGUGAUAUCAAAGAAACCACUCUCUGUCCCUCGAAAAUGAUGUUUUGAGGGACCAUUAUAGCGAAUAAAUUUCAGAUAUUUAGAUAUCGAUUUUCGUACAAAAAUUAUUUUUCUUACAGUUUAUAAUAACUAUCCUUGUGUGAAUGAAUUUUUAUAAUUUCUGUCAUAAUAAAAGCCUUAAAUAUAA